AUGUUAAUAGGAUGUGUUGGGGUUCGUGAGUACCAAGCUGUAGACAUCGAUCGUUUUCAUUGUCCACGAUGUGAAGCUUAUAAUGGCCCUUCCGUUUUAAAAGCACGCCUCAAUUGGCAUCGUCAUGAUUAUUCAGAAGCUGAUGCAGGUUCCAAACCAGUUCAAACAGGAACGCAAGUUUUUAUUAAGGAACUUAAAACCCGACAUUUUCCAAGCUGUGAUGAUGUUGUAUUUCGGUUAAGAGGUCAACAGUUAACACUGCCAUACAUUAUUGCGAAUGGUUUUAAUAAUCCCGUUUUAGUCGAAGACAAAAAUGGUCUCGACCUUAUAGUUCCCCAUGAUUCCUUUAAUGUUCUGGAUGUAGAAAGUUAUGUUGGUUCCGAACAUGAAGUGGAUGUUAUUGAUGUACAAAGACAAACAGAUGUCAAAAUGCAGCUACAUGAAUUUAUCGAAUAUUUUUUAAGUCCCGCCAGAACAACUGUGCUCAAUUUAAUUAGCCUAGAGGUCUCAAAUACCAGUUUAUGUCAACUCGUCGAGCCACCAUAUAUUGUUCGAAAGUUAUGUUGGGUAACAGGCUGCUGGCCAACUGAUCCCCCUCCUGGUCCACCUCUGUCCAGACCCAAUGUUUCAAAAUAUGUAUUAAUUAGUGUAGAGAACUCUUAUACAGAUUUUCACAUAGACUUUGGAGGAACAUCGGUAUGGUAUCAUGUUUUAUGGGGGGAAAAGGUAUUUUAUUUGAUUAAACCGACACCAGCCAACUUAGCGUUAUACCAAAGAUGGAUGAAAGCAAACAAUCAGUCAGAAAUGUUUUUUGGUGACCAGGUAGAUGCGUGUUAUCGUUGUGUAGUGCGUGCAGGAGAAACAUUAUUUAUUCCUACUGGCUGGAUUCAUGCCGUCCUCACCCCUACUGACACAUUGGUGUUUGGUGGAAACUUCCUUCAUUCCCAAAAUAUUGAACUUCAACUUCAAGUCUAUGAAAUUGAAAAACAAAUCAAUGCUCCAGAGAAAUUUCGGUUUCCUCACUAUGAAAGUGUCAGCUGGUACGCUGCCUCAAAACUGGUUUCAGAGUUGCGAGACAUGGGUGCAGCAGGCACUAGAGUUCCGCCCAUUAUGAUUGCAGGUGCAAGGGCACUAGCAACUUCUCUCAGACAGUGGGGAGGAGAGUUGUCUCUGCAGAAUGGUCGAGGUGGGUUAGAACCAGUACCUCCUGGGAUUAAUCCUGUGAAGCUAUUCAAGGAUCUCCAAAGAGAGAUUCGAUCUGCGGAAAAGCAGGUGAUUGCUCUGAACCCUCCCAAACCUGAAAGAGAAAGUAAGAGAAAAAAGAAGAAAGUCAUGGCUGAAGAUUUCAUUGACUAUACCACAUUAACAAGCUUCAAUAGUGCCCUGGAGGAGAGAUUACCGGACAAGAAGGUUAAAGUUUUGAAAGUCAAUUCACCGCAGAUGGAGAUUAGUGGUGACCUUGCAAACUUAACAGAUGACCAGCGUAGAACUUUGAAGCUGACCUUGCCCAAAAGUGCCACAUACCCAUAUGGCCUCAGUUUCAGUUCGUCUGAUUAUGGGAUGAGUGGAACACCCCCUCAUGAUCCAGAGUACCCACAGUUUAAGAAUGAAUAUCCUUCAAAUGUUAGAACUGAAUAUGAUUGGUCAGAUAGUCCUGGAAUGACACCUUACAAGUUGAUUGAUGCUGGUACCAACGUCCGAUUGAGACUAGGUCGUACCAGUAGUACAGAGUCGGAUGCCCCCUCAACUCCUACCUCAGGCAUUAGAGUUAAGAUAGAACGAGAGAUAGAAAUUAAAAAUGAGAGUGUGUAUGACUUCCACGAAGAAGGUGAUAGUGAUGAAAGAGAUCCACCAGGUCUUAUGAUAGAUGAAACACCUCGGCGCAAGGGCUCUAGGCAUAAUGCUCAGGAACCUCUAAAGAUCAAAUUGAGUUUGACGGGAGCUGAAGUAGUUUGUGGAGAAACUGUUGAUGUUGCUGGUGAAGUGGAAGUUGCCCCAGCGCACAAUGGAAUUGACGAGCUGUUGCGAGCUUCAGCAUAUGCACCAGACUAUAAUCAAGAUUCUCCCGCUCGUAUGGAUGAAUUAGAGUAA